AUGAUGUGUUCAUAUUUAACAGUGGCUUUUGCAGUACUUUUAAUACACAGUAGUAAGGGGGAAAUAUCAAGUGAAGAUUGUUCAUCUUUGGGAUUUAUUAAAUCGAAUCUACUGUGUUCCUCUUGUGAUCAGUUAAAAGAUUUCAGUUUGGACCAAUUAGUUGAACACUGCAAGCAAUGUUGUCACCAAGAUGAAUCGGCGCCUAAGGAGAAAAAGUACGCGCGAGCGAUACUUGAAGUUUGUACGUGUAAAUUCCCGGCGUAUCCACAAAUCCAGGCAUUUGUUAAAAGUGAUAGACCGGCCAAAUUCCCUAAUCUACAAAUUAAGUAUGUACGAGGCUUAGACCCAAUUAUUAAAUUGUUAGACAAAGAUGGUAUAGUCAAGGAUACAGUUGCUAUAGAAAAAUGGAAUACUGACUCUGUAGAAGAAUUCUUGAAUACUCAUUUAGUUAAAGAAGAUGAUGAUGAUAGAGGAUUUUUAAAGACAAAUCUAAUUUAA